AUGAAAUCUGAAUCAUCGAAAGAAAUGUAUACAACAUUCUUGAACAGACUAAAACAAGUUUAUGUUGAGGAUAGAGUAAAAGAUGGAGUUUUCGGAGCCAUGAUGAAAGUUAACAUUGUCAAUGAGGGACCUGUUACUUUGGAACUUGAUUCUAGGAAAUUUACAUAUACUAAUAAUACUAGUACCACUUCUGAUAAAUAA